AGCACCCAAGGGGGCCGACAGGAGUUCCGGCGUUUGUUCCCCCCCACCCCCCUUUCCUUCCAAACCCAGGCGGCUGCUAAAAUAAAAAAAAAGCCUCCGGCCAUGGCUCGGCGCCCGCAUUAACGCCGAAUAAGUGUGGACAACGCCGCGGUGCUAGCAGUUAGCUGGCAGCUAGCUCGCUAGCAAGGGGAGGAGCUGGGAUUUGUACAUAUUUGUUUUGUGCUGCUGCACAAUACUUUUGUUCAUGUUCUUCCACACGGACAUGGCAUCUUCGAACCAAGAUUUAACAGACCCCAGUCUGGGAUUGGGUGCAAGUGGCACCCAAGCAAGCGGUGGGGCCGUCGUUCCAAAGGGGAGCAACAAGAGACGAGCAGCCCCGGAUUUUGAUGAUGACGACGAAGGAAGCAAGUUGUUCAGGUGUGACGACGACUCGGGAGGGCCCAACAACGACAAAGAGCGCUUUGCUAGGGAGAACCACAGCGAGAUCGAGAGGCGGCGGCGAAACAAGAUGACCGCCUACAUCACAGAGCUGUCGGACAUGGUGCCCACGUGCAGCGCGCUGGCACGGAAGCCCGACAAGCUCACUAUCCUGCGAAUGGCCGUGUCGCACAUGAAGUCUCUGCGGGGGAGCGGCAACACCAACCCGGACGGCUCCUACAAGCCUUCCUUCCUCACUGACCAGGAGCUAAAGCACCUCAUACUGGAGGCAGCAGACGGCUUCCUGUUCGUGGUGUCAUGCGAGACCGGCCGCAUCGUAUACGUCUCGGACUCUCUGACGCCCGUUUUGAACCAGUCACAGUCGGACUGGCUAGGCUCAUCGCUCUAUGACCAGCUCCACCCGGACGACAAGGAGAAGCUGAGGGAGCAGCUGUCCUCUGCAGAGAACAACACAGGGAGAAUGUUGGACUUGAAGACAGGAACAGUGAAGAAGGAAAGCCAGCAAUCGUCGGCCAGGAUGACAAUGGGAGCCCGUCGCUCUUUCAUAUGUAGAAUGAGGUGUGGCACAUGUCCUGUAGAACCGUUGUCCAUGAACAGGCUAAACUUCCUUAGGAAUAGAAACAGAAAUGGUUUGGGUGCAGCAAAAGAAGGAGAACCUCAGUAUGUUGUGGUCCACUGUACAGGCUACAUUAAGUCCUGGCCGCCUGCAGGAGUGUCCUUAUCAGACAACGAGCCAGACAACAAUCAGGGGAGUCGCUACUGCCUUGUUGCCAUCGGCAGACUACAGGUGACCUGCUGUCCAGGUGACACAGAUGUCAACAGCAUCAGCGUUCCAGUAGAGUUCAUCUCGCGCCACAAUUGCCAGGGCAUCUUCACCUUUGUAGACCACCGCUGUGUGGCAGCCGUCAGCUACCAGCCUCAGGAGCUGCUGGGAAAGAAUAUUCUUGAACUCGCCCAUCCUGAAGACCAAGGCUUACUUCAAGAUAGCUUCCAACAGGUCAUGAAGCUGAAGGGUCAAGUACUGUCAGUGAUGUUCAGAUUCCGCUCCAAAUUGAAUGAGUGGAUUUGGAUGAGAACCAGCUCCUUCACCUUCCAAAACCCAUUUUCAGAGGAGAUUGAAUACAUCAUCUGCACAAAUGUUAACGUCAAAAACGCAGGUCAGGAGCCCCUUACUCCCAUCUCCUCCCCGAGCGGGUUGUUGCCCUCCUCUCUGGGUCAGAGCAGCUUAAAGGCCUCCCCUGUGGUGCUUAGCCCAGGGCAGGUAGCUACCAGGCAGUUGCAGCAACAGCAGCAGGCUGAGGUGGAAGGGGGCGUAGCAAGAGACGGCAUGUACGAGGCAGGACCCAUUACUAUCUCCCAGAUGCCUGUGCAGCCAGUGACAGCGGCUGGGCCCGACCACAGCAAGAGUCUUGACAAACCGGAUCUGUACCCCUCCCUUUUCCAAAGCCCCAGUCAGACAAAGGGCAUGCCCUCCACCCCAACACCCUCUACCCAAACCUACCCGGUGGUCAACAACUUCCCUGCUGGUCGCUCUGACGCGUACAGGCCGGUCAGUAUGGCCCCACAGAUGCCACAGCCAGCCCACUCAGCAGGGCAGAUGUUGGCCCAGAUGUCCCGACAAAAUGGAGCCCCGCAGCCUGUCACCCCUUCCAACACUGGCAGCCCCCUCCAUGGAGGACCGGGUGGUAGAUGGCCUGGUCCAGGGACAGGUGCUGGAACCCAGUUCAACAAUCAGCAGAUGGCUCCCCAAGCAGCAAAGACCAUGUCUCCACCAUUUGCGUCAAUGGUUGGAUUUGGAGGGAGCUCUACCAGUUCCUUUGGACAGAUGCCCACAGGGGCAGCUCCUAGCCAGAGCAGCAGCACAAAUUACCCACCAAUAAACACACGUGCCACCAUCAGCGCCAACGGUUUUGGUAGGCUUUCUUCACAAUUGGCUCCAUCUCCCGGGAAAACCUCACACCACUCGGUUUCUCUUCCAGAUGGUUCUCAGUCGCAAUUCCCCUCCCGGGCAACAGAGGCAGUGUGGCCGCAGUGGCAGGGCCAGCAGCACUCACAGAGCAACACAGAACACCCUCAUGCACAGGCCAACCAGCAAGACAUGUUCACCGACGUGUUGUCAAUGCUGGAGCAGCCCAACAACUUCGGCAGCGACGACUUUGAGAUUUCCAUGUACCCUCCGUUUAACGAGUGACAACAGGUCUUCCCUCUUUUUAGUCCUCGGCUCACUUCUUGUCCUCUUUUACUCGUCCACCUCUCUUUCUUUUCUUUCGCUUUGCUUCGCAUGGCUGCCAUUGCACUGCUGCAACACGGAGCCAUUUUACCGUAUCUUAACUGCAGGUCAAGAAAGAGACGAGGCUGCUCAUUACAAUCAUCAUUAUUUAAUUACAAUUAGAUAAAUAAUUUACUGUAUUUUCCGGACAAUAGAGCGCACCGUUAUAUAAGCCACACCCACUAAAUUUUAGAACGGAAAAAUAUGUGUCCAUAUAUUAGCCGCACCGGACUAUAAGCCGCAGAUAUAUACACUGCUAAAUAAGGUACUACACAGAGAUAUUUUGUAAAUGUUAAUUUACAUACCUUAAUUGUUUCCAAACGGUGUGUGUAACACGGCAGUAAAACGACCAUGGACCCACUAGAUGCGUGAGCUAGCUCUCCAAUCAGCUAAACAGAUUCAAUAACUCCACGGUGACGUCUUGGUGAAUUUACGAAACUGAAACAUACAAAAAGAAUGCCAUUUUAAGUGAAUAAUACUAACACAGACACUGGUAAAUGUGUUAGCAUAUUAGCUAAUGCUAACAACGUUAGUUUGAUUACAUUACGAUAGCACGCAUAAAUAUGCAUGGAAACACUCCUACAGACAUCACAUGGGACGGUUUAGUAAGUAAGAAUUGUUUUAGUUAUAUUGUAAAACUUACAAACGUUGCUUGGAGUGAUAAAUGAAGAAUCCAUACGAGUAGAAACGCUAUGGUGGGCUAGAAGAUGUAACGGCACUUGUACUUCCGGUUGAAAGCUAUAAACAGAGGGGCACUGCAGCACCUGCAGUGAGCAAACUCGUUCAAAAAUGGCGCCAUAGCCUAAACAAUAAAACAUAGUUGUUGGUUUUUUUUUUUAAUUAUUUGCAAUAUGGCUGUCAGCGAAGAAAUUAGCCACACCGUUUUAUAAGCUGCAGGCUUCAAAGCGAAUGAAAAAGUAGCGGCUUAUAGUCCGGGAUUUACUGUAAUUCAUGACAAUUAUUCAUUUGUUCACCUUUGCUCCAGCCAAUGUUUUCGGCCACACACACAGGAAGUGGGUAAAUUCACACACACUAUGGCCUUUUAUUCUGUUAUUUUUUUUCUCUCAGGCAUUUUGCAUCCAGACUAAUCAAUCUAUUAUUUUCUUUAACUCUCAGGAAACGUCAGAUGUGCGUUUGUUUUUUAAAUCGACCGCAUUGUCUGUGCUUUUUGCAUUCUGACACUUGUCUCAGCUUCUGUAUCCUUCACGAGUACACUUUUUACAAAUUCUUACUUUGUUUUUUAAUCCAUGUGUUUCCUCAACACACACACACGCAGUGUUGCAAUGACUAAUGUGUUCUAUGUAUGAAUGCAUGCGUGUGCAUCAUAUCACCAAGCAUUACUCUGUACUACGUAUGGGAGCUUAGUAUUCAUUUUCUUAAAGAAAACUCAACAAAAAAACGCACACGGCAAUAAUCUACAAAUCAGCAAUUGUCAUUUUUAAAGCCAUUCUUUAUUUGUGUCAUAAAUGUCGUCCCUAAUUAUUAUUGUUGUUUGUGGAAAGCAUGAUUGUCGUUUUUGAUUUAACAGAAAUAUGUUGUGAACUUCUGAUUGGUUGAUCGGUGUUGUUACGGUGUGGAAAUUGUAAUGGUUUAAUCAGGGUAUUUAGGAUACAAAUGGGAAAAAACAAAAUGAUCAAGUAAGAAAAAUGUGUUAUUGUGAAUAUUUGUUUGUUUGAACUGGACUGAAAUCGUUGCCAACACAACUCAACCUUUUUGUGUUCUAUACUCAGUUUGUCGCUUAAAAAAUAUCAUUUGAAUUGUCAAGAGGAGUUCAAACUAGGGCUGGGCAAUACGGCUGAAAAGUGUAUCAAGAUAUAGGUGUUUAUAUCGGUCAAUAUCGAUAAUUGUUGAUAUUUUUUAUGACUUAUGGAAAAUAAGGUCUAGGAGAAAAAUAUAUUAAAUGUAAACAUUUUUACUUCAAAUGUAACCUUCCUCUGAUUAUAAUCCCCUCAGCUAUCAAGACAGAAAGGGAAGGAAAUGUCAACACAAGUAUGGAAAACACUCAAUGUAAACAAAACUGUAAAAUCACAUUGAAAACUUAACAAUAACCUCUUAAAAUGAAGGUGCAAAAAUAAGGAAUAUGUAAGAAAUGUUUAAUAAAGUGUAACAAAAUAGUACAAAGUGUGAAAAUGUAAACAGAGAAACCAGAGAAGAGCUAUUUUCUGCAGGUUUAGUGCCAGAAAGUUACAGCUGUGCUCUAGGUGGUGUGGUAUUAGCGGUCUUGGUGGGGACGAGCGCCUUGCAGCAUUUACAGACCACAUUGGUCUAACUACGGUCCGUUUUGAAAAAAAUCCCAAAAACUGCCAUACUGUCGAGGUGACUGUUUUUGUUUUAACCACAAUUUUCUUAAUUUUUACUUUCUCUUCUUACUCCAUGCAAAGAAUCAAGCGCCGCAACCAAACGUGAUAGUUAAUACUGUUACCUGAUUGGCUGUUGGCGUGUCACUCCCACUGAUCAGUGAUCCCUUCCUGCGUUGCUUGGUCACCAGAGAGCGAGUGCCUUUGUUCAUGCAACCAACCUUGCUUUGCAAUGUACUUUUUUUCCCAACGAAGAAGAAAAAUUUUAAACUUAAUUUUUAUUGAUAUAGAUUACGCGUCUUAUCGUGAUACAUAUUAUUGUUUUAUCGCCCAGCCCAAGUUGUAAUUUUCACCGUCUUUAUGAUCAUUUGUGUUGUGUAUGUACCACACUUAUAAUGUAUGUAAACCCUUUUUUCAAGGAUCUUUCUUUGUGAUGUUGCUUUCUAUGCAGGGUGUGUUUUCUUUCCAUUGAUGUGAACAAUGAUCACUCAUAGAAACACAAAUAUAUAAAUAUUCUGUAAAUGUUUAUGAAAUGGUAAACACAAAUUGUUUGGUUUUUUUAUUAAAUUGAUAUAUUGACGAAAUAUUAGGUGUUUUUUGUUUGGUUUGUAUCAGGUCUAAGAGAACUUAAUUGCAGUGGAAUACCCUUAAACGGCUAAAAUUUGGAGCUGCAUUUUAUGGAAAUUUAAGCCAUCAUUAAAUGUGAGUAUGGAUGUCACCCUAUGAAAUUGUCAUAUUACUGUUAACAAGAUUGUAACGCUUAUCAUUACAAUC